AUGGAGGCAUAGUUACAGCCGGUAAUGAAUAACUAAAGUGGUCAAUGAUAUAAAGUCAUUCGAUACUAGGCUGUGGUCAUCUUAUUUCAGUUUCUUUUCUUCUAUUGGCUAUUAUGUAUUGCAGAAGAAACUUUCUUUCCUCGUAAGGUGCAAGGAAGGUCUUAUCUUGUUCAUUUGUCGGUUUGUCCAAACGUUUGGGAAUCCUGUACUUUAUUUGUUCCCAAACACAGCGCAUUUUGUGCCUCUGUUCAUAAUUAUCUCAUGGUUUUGUGAUAAAUUAUUUCCUUAUUCUUUGCUUUUGUACUUAGAUCUAUUCGUUCCUCUGUUAUCUUUUGUAUUUAGAAAUUCUAUCAGAUAUGGCUGGUAUUUUUGUCAAAUCUUAUUCUGUAACUUUAUAGUUUCAUCCACAAUAAUUGGUUUUCUUGGCUAUGCCCCGAAAAACAGCACAUAUCAUCAAUUGCACGAACCUCUUUAGGGCACAGUUAGUGCUUUGCUCAGUUAAUGCGUUAUUUCUACCAAAGAUUUGCAUUUCAUACCUUUGGAGUAUCCUCAGGAUGCUUCAUUGUUUGCCACACCAAAAGAGUUAUGUGAACAGAGAUAUAUGUUCAUCUUUCUGCAGGUGGAUCUCCGGGCCAUGAAUCAGUGGGGUCCGUGCUGAAAAGAUCGAGUGCAUCAUCUGGUGGGCGGCCCCACCGCUCAUCAUCCUCUGGCAGGAGGGAGUUUCUCCGGAAAUUUGUAGACAGUGAGAUUCUGACGGCAAGACUCGAAGACUGGCUUCUGGGGAUCCCUGAAGAGUCCGGAUUUAGAGGGCCCUUCUUUGAUGUUCCGUUUGACCUAUCAGAGCUCCAGAAAUUUGACUAUGCACUCGAAGGGGUCCCCUUCCAGCAGCUGAUCCGAAUGCCCAAUGCAGUCUACGCGUCGACAUCAGACGCAAUCGAAGCAACUGCCCAUCUGGCCAUAGAAGACUUUCUGCAUGCAAGCGUGAAAGGCCUGUGGGAGACGUUCUGGGGUCAGGAUGUCCCGAAUCCCUUCUCUGUGGCCUGCCUACACAGCACGAGCUCCAAGUUCUACCCUGCAGAGAAGGCGAUUGCGAGCGGGAAGCUCGACGGGCUCUGCGGGACCGCCGUCUUUCUCAAGAGCAGCAGCCAUUCUCAUGGAAGGUGGGACCAGAUUGUUGAGAUAGCUCUUCUGAGGCCCGACAUCGGAACACUCUCGCAGUCCGCUGAGCAGCAGCCCUCCAUCUCCGCCCUCGGGGAAGCCCUCUUCUUCGCCCUGCGUGUGAUGGUGUCCAGAAGCCUCAGCAAGUCCGAUGCCAUCGCCCGCAACUCUGAUCGGUGCUUUGUGCUCCUUGUCGACUCGCAGUGUGGCGGAGUGGUGAAGGUCGAAGGCCAUGUUAGUAAGCUGAGGUUUGAUUCCAGUGAUGUCUAUGGAAGCGCAGUCGAGUGGAUCAGAGACCACGCCUUGGUUAAGGUAUCUUCUGUCGAUCAGAUAUGGAACAAGCUUGGGAAUGCCAACUGGGGCGACAUGGGCACUCUGCAGGUGCUUCUGGCGACAUUCCAUUGUAUCGUUCAGUUCUGCGGGGAACCAAACCACACGGUGGAUGAUCUGGCCGGCAAGCACAGCUCCCAUCUCAGAAGCCGAAGGGUAGAGAGGGAGCUAGGAGACACCCAUGCCAACCAUGCCAACGGAGAAGACGGUCCCCUCCAUUUUCAGAGAUCCAGAGCUUCUCCUGAAAUCGUGGAAGUCAAAGAAGACUCCUUUCUCCCCGUUGAAGUCGAGAAGACGCUAAACGUCGAGGUGGGCUCGGUGCUGUGGCUGGACGAUUCCAACUGGCAGAGGGGGUUCGAGAUCAACCAGGUCCUGAGCCACAACAGUGAUCUUCCAGUCUACUGCGCCUCCUCCCUGGACGACCCAGGGAGGGCCCUCUUCCUGUACAUCGGCUCUCCUCCAUCGCACCUGGAACCCGCCUGGGAGGACAUGAACCUGUGGUACCAUGUCCAGAGGCAGACGAAGAUCUUGACCCUGAUGAAACAGAGAGGGUUGUCCAGCCGAUACCUCCCCGAGCUGGUCGCCUCUGGCCGCCUGAUUCACCCUGGAGAGCCGAGUCAACCAGGCCCGAGCCUCAGCUCCGGUCAACCACUGCCAGGGACCCCAAUACUGGUCACAUCCCCACUCGGAGAAACUGUUUCAGACCUGCUAAGAAAUGGCUUGUUCGGCCCAGACGACGCCCUCAGAUGCUGCCAUGACUGCUUGACUGCCAUUUCUAUCUCUGCCUCAGUGGGGAUCAGGCAUGGAGACAUCCGCCCAGAGAACGUGGUCCGUGUGAGCUCCGGCCUGAAGGGGCCCCCUCACUACGUGCUGAUAGGCUGGGGGCACGCCGUUGUGGAGGACAGAGACCGGCCCGCCAUGAACCUGUUCUUCUCUUCCACGCAGGCCCUCCAGGAAGGGAAGCUCUGCGCGGCGUCUGACGCGGAGAGCCUGGUUUACCUGCUGUACUUCGCUUCUGGGGGCGUCUACCCUAAUCUGGACUCGGUGGAGGAGGCGCUCCAAUGGAGGGAGACGUCUUGGUCGAAGAGGGUCAUCCAGCAGAGGCUUGGGGACAUCUCAGCCGUGCUGAAAGCCUUCGCCGACUAUGUUGAUAGCCUCUGCGGGACCCCUUACCCGAUGGACUACAGCAUUUGGCUCAGAAGACUGAGACGGGCCAUGAACGAAGAGGACCACGGAAAAGAGAUCGAUGCUUCGGCCUGA